CUACACCAGUCGAUCUUAAACCUCACCCGCAUCCCCCGUCCCUGAGCAUCGUCGCUUCAUCAUGACAUCUCUUCCAAUUCCCCAUUACGGCAGUGUGCCUACUGUCUUGCUCAACGACGGGAGGACUAUCGUUCCUUGGAUUGGCUUCGGCACCGGUACCGCCCUUUAUAAUGGCGAUGCCACCAAGCCCGUCGUUGCUGCCCUCGAGGCGGGCUUCCUUCAUCUCGAUGGGGCGCAGAUGUAUGGCAAUGAGGAUACGCUCGGCGCUGGACUUGUGCAGUUCCUCAAGUCGCAGAACCAAGUGACCCGCAAGGACGUGUUCGUCACAACCAAGCUCGCUGGGGUCAAAUAUGGUGGAUCAAAGGCAGAGACCGCUGAGGAGGCCCUCGACAAGUCUCUCAAGAAGCUGGGCCUCGAUUACGUCGACUUGUACCUGAUUCAUUCGCCCGCUUCCCACCUCGAGAAGAACGGCGGCCCGGGGCUUAGGAAGGUGUGGGAGAGUAUGGUCAAGACCACGGAGGGGCCGAACCCAAAGGCGAGAGCGAUAGGGGUGUCCAACUUCAAGAAGAGCCACCUCGAGGAGCUUAUCGGGCCGAAGGGGAGCGAGGUGAAGAUUAAGCCCGCUGUCAACCAGAUCGAGCUUCACCUCCACUCCUGGGCAGACCCGGAGGUACGAGCCGCGGUUGAGUUUGGAAAGGAGUACGGCAUCGUCGCCGCGUCGUACGGCGGGCUUCGUCCACUCUUCGGGAGCCUCCCCAGUGGUGCCACGCGCAUCACGGAUAAGGUCAAAGCCGUCACCGAUCAAUACUCUCAGAGGAACGGUUACCAGGUGACGGACAAUCAGGUAUUGAACCUCUGGCUGAAGCAGAAGGGGAUCUUGGUCAUUACAACAACUAGCAACUCGGAAAGGGCCAGGGACUUCGUACGCACGGGUGAGCUUAAGCCCCUAUCGGACGAGGAGAUAAGGCAGCUUGAGGAUGCGGGAAGCUCAGAUCCCUCGCUCCGUGGAUAUCAUUGGUUUGGUGGUAUGUGGAAGGAUUGAUGACGCUGCCUAAGGUACGAUGGUAAUACGCGUGUAUCAUCUACAGUCCUAUCUCCUUUCAUUUUUUGCACCACUCUAUUUUAUAAGGAUGCUUCAUCAGGGAAACAUCUUUCUGGGUGUGAUGUAGGUUGAAACGUAUUGUUUUGAUUACGUUAACAACGCCCGGCUUAUU